CGGAAAGAUGACGCAGCUCCGCCGGAAAAUCGUCCACCUGAACCUCCGGUGGAUCAUAGUGGAAAAACUCGCACUUUUCCGGCAGUAUCUCAGAUUCAUCUGGGAAAAAAUCCUCUCACGCCGUCCAUUAAGAACGUCUAAGAAUACCCGCGGGUACAGAAGAUUAUUCAACAGACGAAUUAGCUCUUCUUCUGCGCCGAUGGAUUCCGCCGCCGCCGCCGCCUCCGCCGGAUACGAGAGCGACUCGGAUUUAGUCUCGUUGAAGAUCAGUAUACUGGGGGAUUGCCAGACCGGAAAAACAAGCUUUCUGAUAAAAUAUGUGGGAUAUGAAGAAGAGAAUAUGAGUUUGGAGAUGAAAGGUUUGAAUGUAAUGGAUAAAACAAUGUGUGUACAAGGUGCUAGAAUUUCUUUCAGAAUAUGGGAUGUUGCAGGUGACAAUAGGUCAUUUGAUCAAGUCCCAAUUGCCUGCAAAGAUGCUGUGGCAAUUUUGUUUAUGUUUGAUCUCACCAGCAGAUGUACACUCAACAGCAUAAUUGGAUGGUACAAUGAAGCAAGAAAGUGGAAUAAGACAGCGAUUCCGAUACUAAUAGGGACCAAAUUCGACGAUUUCGUACUACUUCCACCCGAUAUUCAAUGGACAGUCAUCACCCAGGCAAGGACGUAUGCAAGAGCAAUGAAAGCAACGUUAUUCUUUUCGAGUUCGACACAUAACAUAAACGUAAACAAGAUCUUCAAGUUUAUCAUGGCCAAGCUCUUCAGCUUGCCUUGGACUGUCAACAGAAACUUGACUCUCGGUGAACCGAUUAUCGAUUUCUAGAUUACGCUACAAAGUGUUUAAUUAUCGCCACACCACUAAAUAGCACAACGAUUUGCACA